UUCCAGCAGAUAUAAAAGCCGUUAAGCAACUGGCAAACGACAUUCAGUCACUCGAAUUCGCAGUUAAAGGUAGUUAGCUAACGGAAAGUGCUAAAAUUCUACGUGUGCGGCAAAAAACGAAGUAAAACGAAUAAAAAACAUGAAGUGCGCUCCCUUAAUCGCAGCUUUGCUCGCAAUUUGCGCCAUCACAACUACAACCUAUGCCGAAACCGCGUUGGAUAGUGAGAUAGCAGCGUCCGCGAAUGGCGACGAGCAGCUGGAGGAAGCAGCCAGCAGCCUGAAUCCGCUGGAGGACACACAUAAGCAAGAGAAACGUUACAUUGGUGGCGCUUGGGAUCCGUAUUCGUCGCGUCUCGGACUCGGCUUGGAUGGCACCUCCGGUUAUGGCGGCUAUGGUGGUUACGGCAGUUAUGCUGGCGCCGCUGGACUAGGUGGACUCAGCGGCUAUGGUGGUUACGGCGCUUACGGCGGUUAUGGCAACUAUGCUGGUUACGGCUCUGCUGGCUAUGGUCCUUAUGGCGGCUAUGGCAGCCCUUAUGCAUACUACAAUGCACGCUUCGGUGGCGGUUAUCCUUACUCGCGCUUGGGCUACAAUUAUCCAUCUAACUACUACAGCGGUUACACCAACAGCGUGGUAGGUGGGGGCUUAGGCGGCUAUGCUGGUGGUGUAGUGCCGCCCGUAGGUGGUGUUGCUGCCGGCACUGGCUAUCAGUAUGGACCGGGCAUUUCGGGCACAGUCUACUAAAGUCGUAAUAACGUAAAACGGACCUUGAGCGUAUGCGUUUGUUGCGCGCAAACUCGAACAAGGCUGAAUUGAUCGCGGAGUACUGCCUAGAAUUUCGAUUUUUGUAAUGCAUACUGAUUAAAUAGAAUAAAUUAAAAGUAUUAUUAUUUAAAAAAAUUGAAGGUUUUUCUUUCUAAUUAGAAUU